UCUCGUCUCGUCACUCACACCUCUGUCCUCACUAUCAAAAAGCGCGCGAAACUCAGCGGCCUAAACCCUAGCGAGUAUGCCGGAGCUACCGGAGGUGGAGGCGGCCAGACGGGCCAUAGAAGAGAACUGUGUGGGCAAGAAGAUAGUGAAGUUGAUUAUCGCUGACGAUCCCAAAGUGAUCGACGGAGUCUCUGCGUCGGAGUUCGAGGCCUCUCUUUUGGGCAAGACCAUCGUAUCUGCUCAUAGAAAGGGCAAGAACAUGUGGCUUCGUCUCGAUUCUCCGCCUUUUCCUUCUUUCCAGUUCGGGAUGGCAGGAGCUGUUUACAUUAAGGGGGUUGCUGUUACAAAAUAUAAGAGGUCUGCUGUAAAGGACACUGAUGAAUGGCCUUCAAAAUAUUCAAAAUUCUUUGUUGAACUAGAUGAUGGUUUGGAGAUGUCUUUCACUGACAAGAGGAGAUUUGCUAAAGUUCGCCUACUCAAAGAUCCGGCUUCUGUAGCCCCCAUAUCUGAUCUUGGUCCUGAUGCACUAUUGGAGCCUCUGACAGUUGAUGAAUUUACCAAAUCGUUAAGCAAAAAGAAAAUUGCGAUUAAGGCUCUAUUACUUGAUCAGAGUUUUAUUUCAGGAAUUGGCAAUUGGGUUGCAGAUGAAGUUUUAUACCAAGCCAGAAUUCAUCCGCUGCAAAUAUCUGCCGGCUUGUCCAAAGAAAGUUGUGCAACUUUGCUCAAGUGCAUCAAAGAGGUAAUUGAAAAAGCAAUUGAGGUUGGGGCAGACAGUAGUCAGUUUCCUAAUAAUUGGAUUUUUCAUUCCCGUGAAAAGAAGCCUGGCAAGGCUUUUGUUGAUGGUAAGAAAAUUGAUUUUAUUACUGUCGGUGGUAGGACAACAGCUUAUGUACCAGAGUUGCAAAAGCUAAAUGGAGUCCAAUCUGCGAAAGCGGUUGUUAAACAAAAGAAGCAAACUUCUAAGAGAAAAGGCAGUGAGGAUGAUGACGGAGACAAUGGUGUUGAUGUACCAGAAAGUGCUGUGGAGGAGGUUACUGAAAAUGUAAAAUCAAAGGGAGGGCGGAAACCUGGGGGUCAAGGUGCAAAGCCUUCAAAGAAAAGAACAUCUAAAGAAAGUGAUGAUGAUGACAGCGAACAUCAUGCUGGUGAUGACGAUGACGAUGCUGAUGAAUUGCAAGCUGGUGAUGACGAUGACGAUGCUGAUGAAUUGCAAGAAACAAAAUCAGGGAAGGCUGAUGAAUUGCAAGAAACAAAAUCAGGGAAGGCGACAAAGAAUAAACAAGCUAAGGCUGUGAAGACAUCGAAGGAAAAAUUUACCAGUCAAAAAAGUAAGAAUCAAAAGAAGAAAGCAAAGUAGGUUGCUGCUGAGGUUACCAGUCCAUGUUCCGGAAGACUGAAACUGUGGUCGUAUUUUGUAAAUUAUCGUAAAUGGUGCAUCCUUUUUGUCCUGACUCCAUGUCAGUUCUGAUUCAUUGGCAAUCUUUCCUGGACUUGCCAGUGAGUUCUGUGAAGUGUGAAGACUAACCAGAACUGGAAUGACUCUGAAUUUUGGAUAAACCGCAUUGUCUUAAAUUCAAUCUUUAUGGAAUUAUCUUAAUGCAAA